CCUCCACCUCCACCUCCACCCCCAUCAGACCCCCGCACGAAAGUAUCCCCAGUCAUACGAAAUCUCCGAACCGUCCCGCCCCGCUCCCUCGCCGUCCCCCAACCACCUCCCCCACCCACAACAACAGCCUCAACAGGUCCAUACUUUCUCUACGGCACGUUCAUGGAUCCUUCCAUGCUACAAGACAUUCUAUCUCUGGACACAGAUCAGGAGAUAGAUCUACGACCUGCGUAUGUAUCAGGCUACGCCUGUGAACUGUGGGGACAGUACCCGGCCAUAAUACCGGCUAUUACUUCUUCCUCCGUAGUCAAGGGGGUCGUGUAUCGUGUGGCGUCUGUGGAGGACGGGGUGAAGCUAGCGAAUUAUGAGACGGGAUGGUAUCGCGCUGAACUUUGUGAGGUUGUGUAUACGGAUGGUAAAGAGCCUGGGAGGGAGAAUGGACAUUUGUUUGUGUUUGUUGGGGAUGAAGGGGAGUUGAGUGAGGGGGAGUUUGAUCUUAGGGUCUGGUUGGGGGGGUUGGGGAGGAGG